AUUCUACGCGCUACUCCUCAUUGGGGGCGCUGUGCGACGAGCGUGCCUACAUUCUGUCUCUUGUUCGAGACUCGAGUAAUAGUGACCGCGUCGCUGGCCCUCCGAGGAGAUCUCAGUAUAGAAGACAUGGUAUACACAUCCUCUUUCAGACAGUACCUCCUGCCACCAUCACAAGACGCCCAGGAUGGCUGUGUCCUUUCUUGUUGGGGAUGCUAGAUCGCCCAGCUGUACAUUGAAACAGCCGCUACUCAUUUGGCGUGAACUCAUUGCACGCAACCAACAAGAGUCAGUGAUGGUUGCCUCAUGACAGGGAACAAACUCGUACAAUGUACGAGGUCCCUGAACGGAUCGUGGAAAAGGCGCGAGCGCACGCCAAUCCAGGUUGAUGUGCUCCUCUUUCACCUAGGUGAUCAACAAUACCUGUGAGGUAAUCUGAUCAAGGAGGUCCAGUUGGCUCGGUGGUGCGUGAGGAUGGUAGGACAUCCGGCAUUUGCGCUUGAUCCUGGGUUUUCCGUCGUUAUCAUAGCCAGAAUGGACUAGGC